AUGAAUCCCAGCGCCCGGCCGUGGUACCCGCCAGGAGAAGCGGCAACUAGUGUGCACACCACAACGGUGCGUCGUCAGAACGACCCGUACCAUUUCAGUGCUGUGCAACGACCACCAAUGCCACUAUGUGGUGAUUCCGACCUCAGUAGUAUCCGACUCGAAUCGCUGACCCUUGAAGGGGCGGCAGUGGCAGCAGGCGUGAUUCCUGCACCAGCUGCGGCAGUGGCACCAGCGCAGUGUAGUAGGAAGGGACCUUAUCGCAGUAAACCGCUUUUGGAACAGACCGUCCCACUUUUUUAUGAAACACGUAGGAACAAGCAGCACUGGAUGAUUGGAGGCUGGACGUCAGAGACAACACCCUUGCGGCUUAGCUCAGGAACCCCAUCUUCACUUGAGUCGCAAGGUGACUCACAGGAAAAUACCGCCACACAUACAGAAGACAUGUGCAACAAUGCAGCACCAAAGAUGUCGAUUCCUCUUCCUCGUUCUCAACGUCUUGCCGAGUCGAUCGCAAAUGCCAGUUCGCUCGCUCCCAAGACUCCUGGGUCUGCUGGUAAUAUCACAUUUACGACUACGAAUACGACUAGUACUACUACUGCUACUACUGCUUCUACUAUUAAUUCGACGAAGACAAAUACUACUAGAAUUACUAAUGCUGCAGCAUCUUCUGCUUCUGCUGUUGUUGCUGCUGCUGCUAAUACUUCUACUACUACUAAUGUUGCUUCUUCUGGCAAUAUUACUACCACAACAAUAACUACUACUACAGCUACUACAUCUACUACAGCUACUGCUAAUACUACUAGUAAUAGUAGUAUUAGUAGUACUACUACUAGUAGUACCACUACUAGAACUAAUGAUAGUGAAAAUGACAUUAAGAAUAAUGAUAAUAAUAAUGAGGCUGGUUGUGCCAAUGGUCGUAUGAAUGAGGUUGCUUCUGGCAAUGGUGAAAGUAAUGACGAAAUUGCGGCCGACGAUGAUGCUGAUAUGCGGAAUGAUGUAGACGAAGUUGGUUGCGAAGGCAACUGGCAGAGUGAAGCGAGGCAUCUCUCAGCUUCUUCUUCUUUAGCCUCUGGAAUUACUGCAGUGGCUAAAAAACAACGACCAAAGGCCAAACGUGAGGAAAAAUGGACCAUUGUACAAGGAAAAGGUAAAAUAGAAGCUGCUAGCCCAAUACCACAGCCGAAGAAAAGUACACAAGCAACGGUUGUUAAGGUUCGGGAAAAUGGGGCCGUCAUUCGCCUCCCCGACUUGCAUCCUGUGGAGAAAACAAAGACCAAACAACAACAACAACAACAACAACAGCAGCAGCAGCAGCAACAACAACAACAGAAAGAAUUUGAAAACAACGUCAAGGAUGAGACAAUUAUUGAGGCAAAAUCAAGGCGUCAACGAGAAGCCCGACGAAGCAAGGACACUAGUAAAGAUGAUGAAUUGCUUGAGAGUCUGGUGAGUGGUGCGGUAGCUUCUGGUUCAGUUUUCGGGACUACUGGUGGUAGCAAUAGUCUUACAACUGGUGUUGCUUCUGCGUCUGGUAGUGGUGAAGAGGUGACAUCCUUUUCCAUUAUGGGUGUUCCCCUUGCCAGUGUUACACAUGGUGAGCAACUCUUAUUGCCUUCUCAAGUACCUACACGUCAGAAAAAUGCAUUGCGCAUAUUUCUUCGUUCCUUAUCUAUGUCAGAAACGUCAAAUGCUAAGACUCUUCUCUUACAGAGAGCACUUCAGAGUCUACCGGAAAGUUGUUAUCAUCAAUGUCCGUCAUUGGUCUGUGCAAUUCUCCUUGAAACCAGUGACAGUUGCGUGGAUGUGGAAAAGAGCCUUCAGACAUGUUACAGGGCGCUUCAGCUUGCGGAGAAGCACAAACUUGAAACAUUUGAGAUGUUGGCACGUCUUGCCAUUACACGCACCUUUGCCCGUGUUAUUGACACUAUGGAUGCACGAGCUAACCUGACGCAAGCAGCAACAAUUGCCAUCGCUAGAAACGAGAAGGCGGCUCUCGGAUGGAUUGCCAUGCAGAUGGGUGUCACACUUGAGAUAUCCGGUCAAUUUCCCGAGUCUCUUGCUUGGUACGAGGCUGCAGAGCGGCUCGCUCGCGCCACAGGACAGCAACAGCUUCUUUGUGAUGUGCACUGUUGUCAGAGUAUUGCCUACUCUGCAGUAGGUGAGAUGACGCGGGCGCAGCGGGCGUACGAGGCAUCACGUGCAAUUCUCCCACAACUUCCACGUCACCGACACCAGCGACCGUUACAGAACUAUGCCCAGCUCAAGUGUCAAUUGGGUGAUAUGGAUGCCGCACUGCAGCUGCAGGAGAUGGAACUCGAGAUUGCAAAAGAGGCAGGUGAUACACACGCCUUAUCGCGUUGUAUGGGGGCCAUUGCAUUGACGAAGCGCUUUCUCGGUCGCUACGAUGAAGCAGCGGAGAACCACAUGGAAGAAAUGUGUGUGCAUAAUGCCCAUGACCCACGACAAUCGGUAGAGUCUCUUACUGGGGCAGCCGCCUGCUGGCGGAUGGGUGGACACUUACAAAAAGCCCACGAUUACUGCACACGCGCUUUGCGACAGGCACAACAAUGUCAGGACUUAACAACACUCGCAAAGGCAUUGGUGGAGUUGGCUGAAGCAGAGCUAAGUAUGUCUCGUUUAGACCAGGCACAACAACACCUGAGUGAGGCUCUCGCAACUGUGGCACGCGUAGAUGAAGCGGAACAGAAGCAAUAUUUGGUAAAGGCAGCUCUUUGCGAAGUGGAAUGGCGUUGCUGUAGCAUAUUGGAGCAAGUGCAUUUCCGCAAAGGUGAAGUGUUCGAGGCCUUGCAGUGCUCUGAUAGAUGCCAUGUACCCAACACGGCUCAUGUUGCCCGUCUACUGUUACGUCGUCAGCGUCGUACUGGUGCGUCUCAGGAGGUGAAAGAUAUGGAGCUUGUGAGCCGUAGCGCUAUUGAACGACUGCUGCGACGACCGGAGAUGUCCGGCUGGCGCAUUGUGUGUUACUCACUCCCAUGGAAUGAGGGUUUGGAGUUCACGGCGUACGUUCUUUCACUUGACAAGGAUGGAAACAUGACUUGUGUGGGCCAUCCGCUUCGUAUGCGGGAUGAGUUGGUGGCAUUUAUUUGUGGUCCCAACGCACUCUCGCGGAUGCUUGACGCCCCCCUCUGUACAGAGACGGGUGAACGUAUCUACGGCGAUACCCCACUGUGGCCGCAGCUUUACUCGAAGGUGGCAUUUGACUUUCAGCAGUCGUCUGAGAACGCGUCGCGGGUCUCAUCACUUGCUGAGGAACCACUAUACUGUCUGCGAUUGCUGCAUGACAGUUUUAUUCAGCCACUUGAGGCAGAUGUUGCGGGCGCAUCGGGCAUAAUUUUUGUUGGCGAUGGCGUGUUCAGCCGACUGCCAUUUCACGCCUUCCAUGAUGGAGAACGUUACCUUGCAGAGCGUUGCUGCACCAGCACCUGCUGUUCUAUGGCCCUUCUUUGCACGCACUUCGCGGAACACGAGGGGGAUGAAAAAGAAAAUAAGAAUGCGGAGAAUGUGCAGGAAGAGAGGGAAACACUACCGGUGCGGCGUUGUACAGUUGUGGAUGAUGCCAGAGGAGCCAUGACACUGCUAGACCCCUGUCUCGCUACAGCAGCGGCUGAGGGAGUGUGUGUGCGGCGCGUGGUGAUUGACGCGGAUGUGGAAGAACUGCACAAGGAGACAACUGCGGAAGUAAAAGAAGAAGAGGUAUCAGAAGGAGAAAAGGCGAAAACACAAUCCAAGGAAAAUAAAAACGAUGAUAAGGAUGCAGAAGAAUUAUGCACAGAUGCAGAAGUUGCAGCUACACAACAGUUACUAGGCAGUCUGCAUCGUCGUGGCAAAGUGAAGGGCGUGCGCAAUACUCUCUAUCGCGCAGUGCAUGAGGCGGCCGGCGGGGUACUUGAAUUGCGACUACGUGCACUACCAGAGGUGAAGGAAGACUACUGUGGAUCCUUUGUUGGAGCCUCAAGUGAUGUUAUUGCGAGUCACUCAAGUGAAGUGGCAAACACGUGGGAUUUGCGCAGUUAUCAGCUCGUUGUGUGCACAGGCGUUGGCACAUACGGCGGGUUGUCCAUACAUGAGACAGGUAUUCCAAUGUACCGCUCACUCCAAUACGCGGGGGCACGUCGCAUGUUGUUGGCAACCGGCAGUCGUGUGCCUUUAAGUGAUCGCAUUGCAGUUGCUGCCACGACAGCUGCACUGAACGGCCGCAAUACCGCCGCUGCCGUGCGGGCCGCACGUUUGCAGUGUAUAUCCGAGCAGGCACCGCUCUUUGAUUGGGCGGGAUUUUCUUUUGUGGGCCUGCCAUUCUGA